AUGUCAGAUUCUGUGGAAAAGGUAAAGAAGAGAAAGAGGAAUCCGGAUGGGUCUUUGAAACCGAGCAAAAGAGUAGCUAUCGAAGAUGAUAAGGAGAUCAGAAUUUCCAUAACGGAUACGGGCAGCGCACCAGUUAUAGCUUCUACACCUGGGCUGGCACUUCCGACUUCAAUCCGCUUAAAACCAUACACAAAAGCUCGCAGAAACGUAUCCUCCAAGUCGGGAAGCAUCGCAGCUAAGGAACUGAUUUUACACUCCUCCGAACACCCAAAGCUAGACUAUACUGCGCAGGAGGAAGAAUCUGGUGGUGUAGAUACUCUGCUGAAGCACUAUGUGGGAGUCUACGACCCGGAGACUGGCAAGAUGGAGGUUAUGGAAGCCAGGAAGCUGGUCGUUCGUGGCAGUGUGAGGGCCCAGCAAGCCGUUGCAGAGGAUGAGCUAUCUCGAGAUAUGCGAGAACGUCGGAACAUUCUUGGGCAAACAUUCGGUACUAAGAAGGCCCGCAAAGCUAUUGCUUCCGUUACAGAGAACGCCAUAUCCCCCGACAAGUCUGCUAGGAACAAAGACAAGCCUGCAAAGUUCUAUGCUACCACGGCAGCCAUUCUUUCGAACAUGUCUGAAACCACCAAGGGCAUGGCCACCAGAGAGGAAUUGGCUAAGAGAGUCGAGGAUGCAAAACCAAGACCGAAAGCCAACAGAGAUGCUACGCACAUUCAAGAUGUCUAUACUGCCAAUGAUCUAAUCGGCAAGGAGAUCAUGAAGGCUAUUCCGGUCAAGGCCUGGCAAGAUGCGAUCAAAGCCAACAAGGAACUCAAACUCAGCUCCCAAUUUGUCGCCUAUCGUUUCAGAAAACAUGGUUCGAAUAUUGAGAAGCUCAAGAUCUGUCGUUACAUGGUUCUCCUGAUGCAGGUCUUGAACAAUUGCAAAAUGAUGAGGGGCGUCAGGACCUUACCAAGAAGAGACGAGCUGAAGACUUAUCUCGAUGAUAUACCAGAGACGGUUUUGGAGAGCAUCAAGCGCAAAUUCGCUGAUGGGCCUAUGAUCACGACUUUUGGUGCGGAUUUGAUUAAAACGCAUCUCUGCGCAUUGGCAUGUAUAGUCGACAACUACGAAGUCAACACCUAUGACCUGCAGGCGGACUUGAAGCUGGAGACAAAGGAAAUGUCGCAGUUAUUCAUGGAGAUUGGAGCAAAGAUUGCGGUUCUGGGAGAAGUAGAGAGGAAAAAACUGGGGUUGGAGAAGGCAGUGGCUGCUCAACGAAAGGUCGCGAAGUUGAAGUUACCUCUGGAGUUCCCCAAAGUUUCCUUUGGACGAAGAAAGUAA